AUGCGUGUGAUAGUGCUACUUUUAGUGGUUGUUACCAUUUUUACCUUUUUCAACUCUAGCCAGGCUAAAAAAGGCCCCAAAGUCACCAAAAAGGUCUUUUUUGACAUCACUAUUGGUGGUGAAAAAGCUGGGCGCAUCGAAAUUGGUCUCUUCGGUAGUACUGUACCAAAAACCGUUACAAAUUUCGUAGCUUUGGCAACUGGAGAGAAAGGAUUUGGGUAUAAAGGAAGUGUAUUUCACAGAGUUAUUAAAGAUUUCAUGAUCCAAGGUGGAGAUUUUACCAAUGGUGAUGGAACUGGAGGAAAGAGUAUUUACGGAAGAAAAUUCGAUGAUGAAAACUUCAAGCUCAAACAUGCAGGCCCCGGUUAUCUUAGCAUGGCCAAUGCUGGUCGACAUACAAAUGGAUCACAAUUUUUCAUUACAACCGUAAGAACCCCAUGGCUCGACGGUAGACACGUCGUAUUCGGAAAAGUAUUGGACGGAAUGGAUAUUGUUAGAAAAAUUGAAAAUUCGAAAACUAGUCAUAACGAUCGCCCUGAAAAGGAAGUCAAAAUUGCUGAUUGCGGUGAAAUUACAGUUGAUCAAUCUUUUUCCAUCGAUAAAGAAUAGUAUGGCAACACCAUUAAUGCCCUGUAAUUACUUGCGAUCACUGAUGACUUGACAUUUCAGGCAGUAUUAAUUUCUUGCAGUAUUAUGUCUUAACAUAACGAAAAUAAAGAGUCAAGGAUAUCGAUCUU